CAUCAGAAUCCACCACGCGAUUUAACCUGAUUAGUGAGGGGUGAGGUGACCUGUUAACUAAGUUACUCUUUGAUUAUCAUCUUCUUCAUUGAGGUGGGUUUGAGUUUGAGCUGUUGUUGAUCGCUCUCGACUCGACUUGAGGAGAGAAAUAUUCCUCCAUCAAUCGCCAAUGGCAGCCAUCUUAGCUCGCAAGUCUCUCUCUGCGCUUCGCUCUCGUCAGCUCGCUUUGGCGGGACAAGCGUUGCAGAGUCAAAGCUAUAAUGGGACAGGGUUCAUCACGCGCUCAUUCGCCACCAAACAGUCAUUUUCCACUGAUAAAGAUGAUAAAGAAAGAGAGAAGCUUGCUAAGGAGAUGUCCAAGGAUUGGAACUCUGUUUUUGAGCAAAGCAUAAAUACGUUAUUUCUCACUGAGAUGGUUCGUGGUCUGAUGCUGACACUCAAGUACUUCUUUGACAAGAAAGUUACUAUCAACUAUCCAUUUGAGAAAGGUCCUCUGAGCCCUCGUUUUCGUGGAGAACAUGCCCUCCGACGCUAUCCAACUGGUGAGGAACGGUGCAUUGCCUGUAAACUCUGUGAAGCUAUAUGCCCAGCUCAAGCAAUCACAAUUGAGGCCGAGGAGCGAGAAGAUGGAAGCCGUAGAACAACCAGGUAUGACAUUGACAUGACAAAAUGCAUCUACUGUGGAUUCUGCCAAGAGGCAUGUCCUGUUGAUGCCAUAGUUGAAGGACCCAACUUCGAAUUUGCAACAGAAACUCACGAGGAGCUUCUGUAUGAUAAAGAGAAGCUGCUCGAGAAUGGAGAUCGAUGGGAAACUGAGAUUGCAGAGAAUCUCAGAUCUGAAAGCCUCUAUCGUUGAUUUCCCUAAUGAUUUACUUCCCCAUUUCCUGCCAACCUUGCAUGAAUCAUCUUGACUUAUAAAAGUUUGAUAAAUAAACAGAUCCGCUCACGGGCUUGAAUUUGGAAUGUUGUUUGACUUUUAUUUUUAAACUAAUCCAUCCUACAUUCUGAUGUAUGGAUCAAAACGAUAACUAUUUGAGGUAAGUUAUUUUGUUCCUCUCUGUGCAAUGAGCACUGAAGGAGUUAUUUUUUAUCAAAA